UUGUGAAGGCAGCGGGGAUCUUCGAGUCAGUGUCCGCCUGCUGGCAGAAGACGGAGAAGGAGCCGCAUCGUGUGCUCGCCAAGAAGAUGUCCUCCCAGGUCCGACUGAGGCUGCUGCCGAGCGCCAGGUGUCUGUUCGACGAGCCCCUCCGGCUGACGGUGGCCGGGCUGCGGUCGAGGCAGCUGGUCGCCCUGAGAGCCCUGGCGACCGACGACAAGGGGGUGGCGUUCAGCUCCUCGGCCACCUACAGGGCCGACGCGGGCGGGGACAUCGACCUGGCCAGGGACCCCUCGCUCAGCGGCAGCUACGUCGGGGUCGAGCCCGCGGGUCUGCUGUGGUCGUUGAGGCCGGACGUCUUGCACACGAGGUUUCACAAAAAAUGUUCGCUGAACCCCCACGUGGUGAACUUCUCUGUGCACGAGGGGGAGGGGGAGGGGGAGGGCCGGAUGCUGGCCCAGGCGGCCGGCGAGAGGCGUCUGAUCGCGGACGGAGUCGGCCGGCGCCCCGUCAAGGAGGGGAACGUCCGUGGAGUCCUGUUCACUCCACCUGGAGAAGGUCCGUUCCCUGCCGUGUUGGACCUCUACACUUUGGACUUAGGUCUGUCAGAGAAGAGGGCGUCUCUGCUGGCCAGCCGAGGAUUCGUGGUGCUGACCGUCGCGCUGUACGGCCACGACGACAUGCCGAAGAACAUCAAGGAGGUUCACCUGGAUUUAUUUGAAGAGGCGAUUCAGUUCUUAAAAAAACAAGACAAGGUGGGCAGUAAAGGAGUCGGUGUGAUAUCCCUUUCCAAAAGUGGAGACCUUGCACUUUCCAUCGCCUCUUUCCUGCCAGAUGUUGAGGCCACCGUGUGGAUCAAUGGCUGCUCUGCCAACACGGCGUUUCCCCUCUACUAUAAGAAAAAGCAGAUCCUCCCCCCAUUAAUGUUUGACAUCGGCAAGCUCGUUCACACCGAGUCAGGGGCCUUCAUAGGCAAGUAUGUCAUGAACAGUACCGAGGCAGAGGAGAACAAGGCCACUGUGGUUCCCAUUGAACGAGCCAAGGGACGUUUCCUCUUCGUGGCUGCGGAGGACGACCUGAACUGGGACAGCAAGGCUUACGUGGACGAGAUGGUGGAGAGACUGCAGCGUCACGGCAAGGAGAACUUUGAAAGUGUUAUUUACCCGGGAGCGGGGCACUACUUAGAGCCGCCUUACGGGCCCAACUGCCCCUCCAGCUUCCAUGGGCUGGCUGGUAAACCGGCCCUGUGGGGGGGUGAGGCCAGCGCCCACGCGGCAGCUGAAGUCCACCUGUGGAAGAAGAUCCAGGAGUUCUUCAGAACUCACCUGAGCUGUGGUGCCGCGCAGACCAGAGCCAAGUUAUAGAUGCAAACACACUGACACAAACACAUUGGAACAAAUCCAAUUGUUUGUUGGGAAAUGUUUUCGCCGUUUUUUGGACAAAAUUAAAAGUGCCUUAUUGUGACUUAG